CGGAAGCCACGCGUCCAUCUCUUAAUCUGUACUAAAUCUAAACCUUGGUCGCUCCUCAACUGAAGUUUACAAUUGAUAAACAGUUAUUAAUUUAGUAAAUUCUGUUUUUCAAUGAGACCUGUAGUGACUCGCGAGUAAAAAACAUGGAGGAGAUGCAUUCGUGUAGCUGUUGCCUGGUGCGGCCACCGGAGAAGGGGCUUAAGACGCUGUAUAAACAUCUCGGCAAAACCGAGAUCUAUUACGACAUGCUGAAAGACUGCUUCGAUAUUAAUCUCGGAAUGGGUAAUGACGAGUGUGGCAUCUGCGAGGUGUGCGUGGGGCGGCUGCGAGAUGCGAGCGACUUCAAGCUGCAAGUGCAGCGCUGCCAGGCCGAGAUGCAUGCGCGGCUCAAGGGAGUACUCUCUACCAGUGACAAGUUCAAAAUCAAGUCUGAGAAAGCGGGUGGAGAUGAGACCCCCAUUCGAGACAUCAAGAUGGAGAAGUCGGACGUGGACAUGGUGGCUGACGGCGAGGUCGUAUCAGUGACCAUAUUCACACACACGCAGACAAGCAGAUCACCAGGGACUUCAGCAAAGCCUGUUACUACCGCCACCAGCCGCGGCAGAGUGGUCGAAUGCGACAUAUGCUACAAAACAUUCGAUACUAAAAACGCAAACACCAGACUCAUGAUCCAUCGCCGCUCCCACACUGGAGAGAAGCCUUACGCCUGCAAAUUAUGUAACAAAAGAUUCGCACAAAGGAGCCACUUAAACACACAUAACGCGUUCCACAUGGGGAAGUUUAGAUUCUCUUGCGAACAGUGUGACGCGCGAUUCUAUCAAAAAAACCAAUAUGAUGUACAUAUGCGUGGACACACAGGUUCAAGACCGUUUUCGUGUGAAAAUUGCAAAAAAUCAUUCAUACAAAAAGGCCACUUAACCCGUCAUAAAAGAAAAUGUGAUCCUAUUCAUGUAGAGCCAGGGGAGAUUCCAUGCAAACUAGAGUAUUCAGAUGACACUGUAGAUUUGACAUGUGAUAUAUGCAAAAAAACAAUUUGCAGACGAAAGCGCCUUUAAAGUUCAUAAAAAAUCUCAUUCCGGUGAUUAUCCAUUCACUUGCGAUAUUUGUGAAAGAAAAUUUAAUACGCAGUUUGCUUUGAAUAAUCAUAAGUUUGACCACUCGGGAGGAAAACCUUUUAAGUGUGAAAAAUGCAAUAAAGCUUAUACAUCAAAAAGUGCUUUAAAUUUGCAUUUGAAAGUUCACACCGAGGAUUACAAGUAUGUGUGUGACGUGUGUAAGAAACGAUUUAUACUAAAGGAGAAUUUGAAUGUACAUAUGCGUUUACAUACGGGGGAAAAGCCUUAUACUUGUGCAACAUGUGAAACUAAGUUCCGAUAUAGAUAUAGCUUAAAGAAACAUUUAUUAGAGAAACACAACCAAGUUAUGGACAAGCAGUUCCAUUGCAAUAAAUGUGAGAAACGAUUUGCUCUACAAGGGACUUUAGCUAAACACAUGGAGAGACAUGCUGAUAAAGAAAUAGAAGAUAAAGCGUUAAGGGAAGGGAGGAAGGAAUACAUGUGUGAAAUAUGUAGCAAACAAUUUUCAUCGAAAGGUAUCUUAAAAAGUCACAGAGAGACACACAAUGAAGAAAAAGCUUUCGAAUGUGAGGUUUGUCAAAAGAAAUUCAGAAGGAAGAAGGUUUUGCAAGACCACAUGAAGGUGCACGAGGACUUUAGACGGUACUCAUGCGAUGUAUGCGGUGUACAGUUCAAACAUAAAUCUGCUUUAGCAGUUCAUAUUCGACGAAUGCAUUCAACAAUUAGACCUCAUACUUGCGACGUUUGUAAAAAAGGUUUCAAAGUUCUUGCUGGAUUAAAAGAACACUAUCGGGUACACACUGGGGAAAGACCAUUCGUCUGCGAAAUAUGCUAUAAGAAAUUUCAGCGGCAUAGUGCGGUUAGGAAACAUCUUGUGAAUGUCCACCACGAGAAACCUAACAGAUUUAUUAAAUUAAAAACGUCAAAUAAUUUUAACUAA